CCUAAGCUCUCCGUCCGGGACCCCGGACCCCGCGCUCGGUUCACAGUGCGCCUGCGCCACGCCGUGGUUGCCAGGAAACCGCCCCGCCGCGAUUUCUGCCGGAGUGGAGGCUUUAACAUGGCCAAGUUCGUGCUUGCGGGUAGAGCAGAUUGCCCAUAUUAUGCCAAAGCAGAACUUCUAGCAGACUACUUACAAAAGAAUCUUCCUGAUUUUCACAUACAUAAAAUUACACAACAUCCUCAUGUUUGGGAGGAGUGGUUAAAAGAUCUGUGUGAAAAGAAUAAGUGGAGUCACAAAAACUCCCCCAUCAUCUGGAGAGAGCUAUUGGACCGUGGAGGAGAGGGGUUGCUUUUGGGAGGAUAUAACGAGUUCCUGGAAUACGCCCAGCUUUACCAUGGUGUCACCUCUAGCAUGACUACUGAGCUGAUGAAGAUAAUUGCUCAAGAAAACCUGGAGACACAUGUAGAAAAAGAACUGGAGGAAGAAGCCAGGAAAGACCUCAUCAACCCUUUGCAGGUCUGGAUCACCAGUGCCUCUGUUCCUGUCUGCUACAACCUAAUUCCCAUCUUGACAAGUGGCGAAGUGUUUGGGAUGCACACAGAAAUCAGCCUAAAUCUAUUUGACAAUAAGGAGGCAGAAGAAAAUCUCCGCAGUGUUGUGGCAGAGACUCAGGACCUGGUGGCACCCUUGCUCCAGAGCAUCUCCAUCUGCACCCGAGUGGAGGACGCCUUCCGCCAGGCCCACGUGGUCAUCAUCCUGGAUGACAGCACCGACCAGGAGGUGUACACUCUAGAAGGCUGCAUCCGAAGCAGGCUGCCUCUGUGUAGACUCUAUGGAUACCUGAUCGAGAAAAAUGCUCAUGAUUCUGUUAGAGUUAUUGUGGGAGGAAAAACGUUUGUGAAUCUGAAAACGGUUUUGCUUAUGAGAUAUGCCCCAAACGUGGCACACAACAUCGUCGCUGUGGCACUGGGUGUGGAAGGCCAAGCCAAAGCUGUGCUGGCCAGAAAACUGAGAACAACCCCCUCAUGCAUCAAAAAUGUGAUCAUCUGGGGUAAUAUUAGUGGAAAUAACUACAUUGAUCUGAGAAAAGCCAAGGUUUACAGAUAUGAGAGUGCUAUUUGGGGACCUCCUAACUAUUCACGUCCUGUUUUGAGCUUGAUUUUUGAUAGUGAGUGGGUAAACAGACAAUAUGUGGCAACUCUUAGAAAGCUGACCGCCACAGGAAAACAAUUCAGACCCAUCUUAGCUGCACACAGUAUAGCUACUACAUUGAAAUACUGGUACCAUGGCUCACCGCCGGGGGAGAUCGUGUCUUUAGGAGUACUAAGUGAAGGCCAGUUUGGUAUUCCUGAAGGGAUCGUCUUUUCUAUGCCUGUAAAAUUUGAGAAUGGAACUUGGGUAGUUCUUACAGAUCUCACAGAUAUUGAAAUCAGUGAACAAAUAAUGACCAGAAUGACAAGUGAUCUAAUUCAGGAGAAACUUAUUGCACUUGGAGAUUUGGUCAGUUUUCAGCCCUAUCAAUCAGAGACUGACUUAGCCAAAGGAUAUGAAAAGACCACCUUACCUACCACAUACAACAACCAGGAAAACCAAAGAGUCUCAGAUGCAUUGGAUUUUUUAGAUCUGAUUCCACAAACCAUCUCUGAAAAGCCACAAAGUCAAGAACUCAUAAAUGAUUCUGGAGACAAAACUGUGGAAGAGCGACAGAUAAAUUAGACCAACUAUAAAGUUAUUUGGUAGUGUAAUAAAUAUGGAGAGACCCAUGAAUGUCUGUAUUUAGGGGAGAAUAGUUUGAAAGGUUAACUUCCAUCUUAGAUAAUGUUAUGCUAGACAAUAACAAUUGCAGCACACACACACAAAAAAAGUGAAUUUGAUCACGUUGUGUGACCUGAAUCGACUCAUAGGUUUACUUAUUGUCCCAUUGUCUCAUACAGUUUAGUGUCAAUUGCUGUUUUUUAAGCUACAUUAAAAGAUAGUUGUCAGUCAUGGCAUCCUUGACUAAACAUGCUUCUAGGAGAGCCUGCUUCCCCCACAUGCCAUACCUAAGUCACAGACACAAGUGGCCAUGUUUGCUCAGCUGUCCUCACCAUCCUUGAUUGGAUUAGAAUCAAUUAGAUUAUCUCUCACUCCAUCAAAACAUUUUCACUGAGAAAAAUGGACAAGUAAGUUGGUGUCUGUAUAAGGGCAAAGGUAGUAACCUAGAAAAGGCCACACAAUUCUGCUGUCAGGUCUUCAGAGCUAGUCAGGUUCAGCACCUUCAUAAGGUCUGGCUGUGUAUUUUUUCUCCUUGGAUU